GGAAUUAGGGUCCCUGGCUCUGCCUGAUCCUUUGCCGGAUCAGGUGCCAGCCCGAGCUUUGUCUCCUUGUUCCUAGUAGAUAAGGUAGGACCCACCCUCUCAGGCCCGAGCUGGUGAAAGGAGGGCCCAGUUCCCUUGUCUUCGGAACGUGCAGCAGAACCCUCCGUUUGCUCUCUGGGUAGGGCGCUGUCUGGCCGGCCGGUUGCGUAGCAACGGCAGGCAGCGCGUGACGUGCGCAGUCGCGUUUGGGUCCGAGGCGCGCGCCCGUGCACCCGCCCCCUGGUAGGCUCGCGGCUCGCGUCGCCUGCUCGCUGGGUCUCUCGGUCCCUCUGCUGUGAGAAGGACGCUCUGCAGAGUCGGCGCCGGCAAGCUCCCCCUCCCGCGUCACUGCGACCGCCGCGGAGAAGAUGGCCUCCGGAGUGCAAGUUGCAGAUGAAGUAUGUCGCAUUUUUUAUGACAUGAAAGUUCGGAAGUGCUCCACACCAGAAGAAAUCAAGAAAAGAAAGAAGGCUGUCAUUUUUUGUCUCAGUGCAGACAAAAAGUGCAUCAUUGUAGAAGAAGGGAAAGAGAUCUUGGUUGGAGAUGUUGGUGUAACCAUAACCGAUCCUUUCAAGCAUUUUGUGGGAAUGCUUCCUGAAAAAGAUUGUCGCUAUGCUUUGUAUGAUGCAAGCUUUGAAACCAAGGAAUCUAGAAAAGAGGAAUUGAUGUUUUUCCUGUGGGCACCAGAAUUAGCUCCUCUGAAAAGUAAAAUGAUCUAUGCAAGCUCCAAGGAUGCCAUCAAAAAGAAAUUUCAAGGCAUAAAACACGAAUGUCAAGCAAACGGACCAGAAGACCUCAAUCGGGCUUGUAUUGCUGAAAAGCUAGGUGGAUCCUUAAUUGUAGCUUUUGAAGGAUGCCCUGUGUAGACCAUCAUUCAGUGCCAUAGAUCGAAAGCUUCCAUGUUUAAUGUUACCCUCUUGCUAUAUAAGUAAAGCAAAUAUGUUUAGGCCAGGGUCUCACAGAGGGGGAGCUGUCUUGUCAUCUGUUAAAGUGAACUAAAUAUUCUAUAAAUAUGCAGAUGGCCCUAAAUACAUCUAAAAUCUAAAGUUUUAUUGGUGUGAAUUUAAAUUCUUAUUGGCCAAAUGCCUGUUUUGAUGAGUUGGCUUGUAAAGGUUUUUGUUAAACUCACGAUUUUUAAUAAUGCAGUUACCAAACAGUACAAGGGCCAUAUAAAGAGAAUUAUUGCAUCUUUGUAACCUCAGCAGGUAACUUGGUUUCUUUUGCUUAGAGAAUUGGUUAUAAUCUGGUUAUAAUUUUGGCCCCAAUUCUUCAUUUUCUCUUGAGCUGAACUGCAUAAUGGAAAAUAGAUCUCCUUAACACAUGUAACAGCACUAAUACACUAACUACAGUAAGACUAAGUCAGGCAGUCUUUUAAUUCUAGCAGAUGUGUGAUGGAGACUGCCUCAGAAUUGUGCACACUUCUAACCAGCGCUGAAAGCACUAUUUUGAGCAUGCAGUUGGAAUACGGGGAGCAGCUCCCUGCACCCGCAGUGAGCUCUCCGCGGGCUAGUUGGGAGACUGUUCAGAGAGUGACCUUGCAUCUUGGAAAUAAAAUCACCGGAGUAUCCUAGGGAGAAUGUACAGUACCUUGCAACAGCUAAUUAUAGUGCAGAUUAGGGCUCCAUUGUAAUUACAGCACUUUAUUAAUGGAGAGGAUAAAAUGGUGUAUUGACAAGCUGGGACACCUGUCACAACUUCAGCUGUGUCUCCUUCAGAAUUUUGUUGCUUCUGGUACAGUACGGUGUGGAAGAACACUAAGUGUACGUGUAUGCUGGGGCCUGGGAGAACUUCCUGAUCUCCUAGAGCAGCUUGUUGAUUGUCUGUGGGAUGGGGAGCAGGGCUGAUGGAUGACACCCAUGGGAAGCCACCGCCUCAUGACGCUUGGAAGUGAUUGUCUUUAACAUCACAGGCAUAACACUUUGAAAAAUAUAGAGAUGCACACAGUUGAACUUAGAAGUAGCAGUAUUGGCUUUAUGUAAUAAAGGAAGCAUUUUUAACUUA